AAGAUGGUGUUUCAAUCCUCUUUUACUUGCAGAAAAUUUUUCCAGAUGAAUGGACCAAUUUUCUUGAGCGGGUGAAAUGUAAAAGUGAAGAGCAAGUCAAAAAAUCUGUUGAACUGAUAGAACAGCUUUGUCUUUGGGCAUCAUAUAGAGGCCAGACCUUAGCUAGAACUGUAAGAGGUAUGAUGUAUUAUCGGAAAGCUUUGGAGCUUCAGGCUUUUCUUGAGAAGGCCGAUAUUAAAGGUGCAUGCUCUUUUCAUGAUUAGCUAUAUGGAAGUUUUUGAGUUGCUUGAGACUUAUGCAGUAUUUAGCUGGCUUUUCAGUCUUCUCCACAGUGUCUACACUCGUAUAGCUAAUGCUUAUUAUGAUGUUUGGAUGUCCUCGAUGUUGCAACAUGCAGCUUUAGAGAGAGGCCAUAAGGCUGUAGAGCAAUACAUAGAUCGAGCCAAAUGUCAAGAAGAAGUCGACAUGAAGUUCACUUAUGUGGUCUCGUGUCAGCAAUAUGGUAUACACAAAAGAUCUGGGGAUCACCGUGCACAGGAUAUUGAGAGGCUUAUGAAAGAGUACCCAUCACUCCGUGUGGCUUAUAUUGAUGAGGUUGAAGAACGUAGCAAGGAUGGGAUCAACCAGACUUACUAUUCAACUCUAAUGAAGGCUACUUUCCCGAAUCCAAUUGGCUCUUCUAAUUCAGUUGAAAAGUUGGUUCAGGUUAUAUAUAGGAUAAAGCUUCCAGGACCCGCUAUUUUGGGUGAAGGAAAACCCGAAAAUCAGAAUCAUGCCAUUAUAUUUACUCGUGGAGAAUGCUUGCAAACAAUUGACAUGAACCAGGAUAACUACAUGGAAGAAGCACUAAAAAUGAGGAAUUUGCUAGAAGAAUUUCGCGAAAAGCAUGAUGGUGUGAGGUUUCCAACAAUUCUUGGACUUCGGGAGCACAUUUUCACUGGAAGUGUUUCAUCUCUUGCUUGGUUCAUGUCGAAUCAGGAAGCUAGUUUUGUGACUAUCGGCCAAAGACUAUUGGCCAACCCCUUGAAGGUUCGUUUCCAUUAUGGUCAUCCCGAUGUCUUUGAUCGACUGUUUCAUCUUACUAGAGGUGGUGUCAGUAAGGCUUCCAAAGUUAUUAAUUUGAGUGAAGACAUAUUUGUUGGCUUCAAUUCUACACUUCGUGAAGGCAAUGUAACUCAUCAUGAGUAUAUACAAGUUGGAAAAGGGAGGGAUGUGAGUCUAAACCAGAUAUCCAUGUUUGAGGCUAAAAUAGCCAAUGGAAAUGGGGAACAGACUUUGAGUAGAGAUAUAUAUCGUCUUGGACAUCGUUUUGAUUUCUUCAGAAUGCUGUCAUGUUAUUUCACCACCAUCGGCUUUUACUUCAAUACUCUGAUUUGUGUGCUUACGGUAUAUAUCUUCCUUUAUGGCCGUCUUUAUUUAGUUCUUAGUGGGUUUGAAAAGGAAUUGAGUACUCAGCCAAUGAUUAGGGACAAUAGGCCUCUCCAGGUGGCCCUUGCCUCGCAAUCAUUUGUACAAUUUGGAUUUCAAUGGUACUGCCUAUGUUGAUGGAAAUAGGCUUGGAAAGGGGAUUUCUAAAUGCACUCAGUGAUUUUGUGAUGAUGCAAUUGCAACUUGCCUCCAUUUUCUUCACAUUCUCUCUUGGAAUAAAGACGCACUAUUAUGGAAGAACUAUACUUCACGGAGGUGCAAAAUA